GUGGACAAGUCCUUUGCCCCUCGCCGGAGUGUGUGGAGGAGUGAUGGGCAGAACCAGCGCUUCCCUCAGGCACUAGACCUGCCACAAGUGGACUUAGCUCCCUCCCACACUGCUUCACUCUACCCUAAGAACACAGAUCUGUUUGAGAUGAUUGAAAAGAUGCAGGGAAGCAGGAUGGACGAACAGCGAUGCUCCUUCCCACCACCACUCAAAACGGAGGAGGACUACAUACCCUACCCGAGUGUCCAUGAGGUCCUGGGGCGAGAAGGGCCCUUCCCCCUCAUCCUGCUGCCUCAGUUCGGGGGAUACUGGAUUGAAGGCACCAACCAUGAAAUCACCAACAUCCCAGAGACAGAGCUGCUGCAGUCGCCAACCACCAAGGUGAAGCUCGAGUGCAACCCCACAGCCCACGUCUACCGGAAGCACUUUCUUGGCAAGGAGCAUUUCAAUUACUACUCCCUGGACGCGGCCCUGGGCCACCUGGUCUUCUCGCUCAAGUAUGAUGUCAUUGGGGACCAAGAGCACCUGCGGCUGCUGCUCAGGACCAAGUGCCGGACAUACCAUGACGUCAUCCCCAUCUCCUGCCUCACUGAGUUCCCCAAUGUGGUCCAGAUGGCAAAGCUGGUGUGUGAAGAUGUGAAUGUGGACCGGUUCUACCCUGUGCUCUACCCCAAGGCUUCCCGCCUCAUCGUCACCUUUGAUGAACAUGUGAUCAGCAAUAACUUCAAGUUUGGAGUCAUUUACCAGAAGCUCGGGCAGACCUCCGAGGAAGAACUCUUCAGCACCAAUGAGGAAAGCCCAGCCUUUGUGGAGUUCCUGGAGUUUCUUGGCCAGAAGAUCAAACUGCAGGACUUUAAGGGGUUCCGAGGAGGCCUGGACGUGACCCAUGGGCAGACGGGGACCGAGUCUGUGUACUGCAACUUCCGCAACAAGGAGAUCAUGUUUCACGUGUCCACCAAGCUGCCCUACACAGAAGGGGACGCCCAGCAGUUACAGCGAAAGCGGCACAUCGGGAACGACAUUGUGGCCGUGGUCUUCCAGGAUGAGAACACGCCGUUCGUGCCCGACAUGAUUGCGUCCAACUUUCUGCACGCCUAUGUGGUGGUGCAGGCUGAGGGCGGGGGCCCUGACGGCCCCCUCUACAAGGUCUCCGUCACUGCCAGGGAUGACGUGCCCUUCUUUGGGCCCCCUCUCCCGGACCCCGCUGUGUUCAGGAAGGGGCCUGAGUUCCAGGAAUUUUUGCUGACAAAGCUGAUCAAUGCUGAAUACGCCUGCUACAAGGCAGAGAAGUUUGCUAAACUGGAGGAGCGGACGCGGGCUGCCCUCCUGGAGACGCUCCAUGAGGAGCUGCAUAUUCACAGCCAGUCUAUGAUGGGCCUGGGCGGGGACGAGGACAAGAUGGAGAACGGCGGCGGGGGCGGUGGCUUCUUUGAGUCUUUCAAGCGAGUCAUCCGGAGCCGCAGCCAGUCCAUGGAUGCCAUGGGGCUAAGCAACAAGAAGCCCAACACCGUGUCCACCAGCCACAGUGGGAGCUUUGCGCCCAACAACCCUGACCUGGCCAAGGCGGCUGGAAUAUCAUUGCUUAUUCCUGGGAAAAGCGCGAGUAGAUUCGGACGCCGGGGCAGUGCCAUAGGCAUAGGAACCGUGGAAGAGUCACUGAUUGUCCCUGGGAAGAGCCCCACAAGGAAGAAGUCAGGCCCGUUCGGCUCACGCCGCAGCAGUGCCAUCGGCAUCGAGAACAUACAGGAGGUGCAGGAGAAAAGGGAGAGCCCCCCGGCUGGCCAGAAGACCCCAGACAGCGGGCACGUCUCACAGGAGCCCAAGUCGGAGACCUCGUCCACUCAGAGCUCCCCGGAGAUGCCCACGACCAAGAACAGAGCAGAGACAGCGGCCCAGAGGGUGGAAGUGCUGAAGGACUUCUCCCGCUCCUCGUCCAGUGCCAGCAGCUUCGCCAGCGUGGUGGAGGAGACGGAGGGUGUGGACGGAGAUGACACAGGCCUGGAGAGCGUCUCAUCCUCAGGGACGCCCCACAAGCGUGACUCCUUCAUCUAUAGCACAUGGCUGGAGGACAGUGUCAGCACCACAAGUGGGGGCAGCUCACCAGGCCCCUCGCGGUCACCCCACCCAGACGCCGGCAAGUCGGGGGACCCUGCGUGUCCCGAGAUCAAGAUCCAGCUGGAAGCAUCUGAGCAGCACAUGCCCCAGCUGGGCUGUUAGUCGGCCACCCUCUCUGAAGAAGAAACUGAGCAGACGAGGCCGUAGAAGCACAAGGUGAAGAUGCUGUGUCAAGUCCAGGCAGAAGGGGCCUUGCCCUCAAGGCCAACCCCAGCUUGUGGACUGUUCUCUACCUUCCCAGCCUUCUCCCUGGCCUACCAGUUUGGGCUGCUCCGCAGGGUGGAGCCAUCCAGACCAGGGAGCGGGGAAGCUGCUGGCAUCAUCCCCACCUCCCGGGCUGGGGGUCUGGGCUGAGGAAGGGAGUGGACAGUUGAAGCAGGACUCUAUGCCUGGUCUGCUCCUGCCAUGAGCCCCUCAUCACCCCUGGGCACCCUUCUGGACUCAGGGGGAACAGCAUGGGAGAGGGUAUUGAGAUAUGCACAUAGCCUACCAGGAGGAAGCAGGGUAUGAGGUGUGGCAGAGAGAGCGCUGAGCUGGGCAUUCUGGGUUCUGACUUGGAUUCUGCUGUGUGGCUCUGGGCAAAUCACUCUCCCUCUCUGGGCACCUCUGCUACAAACGGACAAGAUUAUUUCAGAGGUCCCUGAAGACUCUGAUUUCAUGUACCUGCCCCAGAAGAGGGAACUGUCCUCCCAGGGGCCUCUUACCACCCUAUCCUGCUUCUUGGGAUCCCUGGGGUCCCAGGUGGGCUGAGGGGCAGGGAGCUGGUCAUGCCCGUUGCCCCUCCUGGACCCUCAAGCUCGACCGCAGAUCUGCCAAUGCCCUGUCCACUGACAGACACGUGCGACCCCUUGCGGGGAAAGGGGGACCUACCUGGCUCCCCAGCCAGCACCCUGCUUAACCCCUACCACCCCAUGCUGCUGGGCACCCCAGGUGCAUAGAGCCACAGGCCUCACCUCCGCACCUGUCCCCCAUGGAGGGGGCAGCCAGUCAUAGCUGCUGUGAGUCCACAUCCUUGUGUGUGUGUUCACACUUUUUAGGCGCCACGUCAAAGGCCAGCCUUCCAGCCCCAACACCCAUUUUGGAAGCUCCCACAGCUGUGUGUAUGUCGUAACAGGUGUACAAAAUAAAUUCUAUUUAUCGCUAUUGUA